UGCGUCACUGGCCCAGGUGGAGGGACGGGACUCCGGAAGCAGCCCCGGGGCCUCUGCCCUGAGAGCACAGAGCAUUUCUGAGCCGGGUCUUCACUCCUGUCACCCCCGUGUCUUUCCGGGGGCCUGGGCAUGCCUCGCGCGUGUCUGUGGGAGGCGGAAACGGCUGCGGGGGCCGUCUACUGGCGAAGGGGCCUAGUCCUCAUCCGCCAUGUCCGGGGGCUUCGAGCUGCAGCCGCGGGACGGCGGCCCCCGGGUGGCCCUGGCGCCCGGGGAGACGGUGAUCGGCCGCGGGCCACUGCUGGGAAUAACAGACAAGAGAGUCUCCCGAAGACAUGCCAUUCUUGAGGUGGUAGGCGGUCAGCUUCGCAUCAAACCGAUACACACAAAUCCAUGUUUUUAUCAGUCUUCUAAGAGGAGCCAGCUCUUACCAAUGAAGACAAAUCUGUGGCGCUGGUUGAAUCCUGGAGAUACUUUUUCUCUGUUAGUUGACAAAUAUAUUUUCCGUGUUUUUUCUACACGCUCUGAAACAGAAAUGGAAUGUACCUUGAGAAACAGUCAAAUGCUUGAAGAAGAUAAUACACCAAAUGAAAUACCAAAAUCUCCCAUGAUUAAUUUGCCUGAUAAGACACCUAGUACCUCACAACUGGAAAAAAGCGCAGAAAAUAUCAAGGGCCAGACCACUUCCACAGCAAGUGCGUCUUUUGUAGGUGACUGUAGAGAUGUCAGUAAUCAACAGCCAAACCUUACACAGAGGAAAAGAAUCCUUCCAGCUUGGAUGUUAGCAGAAGAUUUAAGUGAUCAAAACCUUUCAUCACCUGGAAUCAGUGGAGAUAACAAUGUAAUCCAGGGAAGUGGAAAAGAUGGAAUCUGUGAAAAUAAAACCCAAGUAAAUAUAUCACAGCAAGGAAGAAAACGAUCGAUUUCAUCAGGAAAUUCAGAAAGUACAUUAGCAGAACAAAACACAGGAAAAAAGUACAAAAAUGCUGAUCAAGAAGAAUCUGCCAUUUCAUCCAAGGAAAGACCACAAAUAUUUUCUGCAGUCACAUUAAGUAGCACAGAGAUGAAUAACAUGAAGACUAUUGCACAGAGAGACGAAACUCCAAUAGAAGAGCUUGGUGAGGUUUCUGAACAUAAACUCACCACUAAAGAAACAGCAGAUAAAGAAGACCAGGCAAUAGGUGGUUCUGAAAGCUAUCCAGCUCAAGACAAAUCAUUCCCUGUUGAGUCUGCAGGACCUCAUCCUGAAUCUGGCUCGGCUCCCACCAGUCCUGAAACUUUGCAUGCAAAGGCUGCUGACUCAGUUCCAGAAGGUUCUGAUGAAAACAAAGUCAAGAGGACAUCCUGCAUGUAUGGGGCAAACUGCUACAGGAAGAAUCCUGUUCAUUUUCAACACUUCAGCCACCCUGGUGAUAGUGAUUAUGGAGAUGCACAAGUUACGGGCCAAGAGGAGACUGAUGACCGGCCGGAGUGUCCCUAUGGAGCAUCUUGUUACAGGAAGAAUCCCCAGCACAAGAUAGAGUACAGACAUGACACACUCCCAGUGAGAAAUGCUGCAGAUGAAGAUAAUGAGCAACCUGAAGAAUGUGACCUCAAUGACAGCUUUCAAGAGGAAGAGGAAGAAGAAUGUGAUCCAACAGAUGAAGAUCCUGAUUGGGAACCAGGAAGGGAAGAUGAGGAGAAGGAAGAUGUGGAAGAGCUUUUGAGAGAAGCUAAAAAAUUUUUGAGGAGAAAGAAGUGACCCUUUUUUGCAAUAAUAAAUGAUUCACAUGUCCUUUUUCUUUAUGGAAGAAAAUCAAUAAGUAGGUACUUAUUUUGGUAGUUACAACAGCUUUUACUAUUGAUUCACUGCAAAGGAGACACUGAAAUGUCAGCCUUCAAUGUAGUAGAUUUUGUUACCUUUUCUGUCCUAUUUAAAGUAUCUGGAAAUAGGAAAAGGACAGAAGGUAAAGAGUAGUAAUUUGAUAUUUUUCAUGUUAUUUGUGUGUUGGUAAUAAAAAGUGAAAAGCAUA